UUUUUACAGGAAAGCUUGCUGGACGGAGACAAUCCUAUCACACAAGAACUUAAUGAAUUACAGAAAUUCCUGGUGAAUCUCAGUGUUUCUUUUACAGUUUCUGAUUCCAAAUGAGAAUAUACAUUUUUCUGUGCUUGAUAUGCUGGACAAGAUUUGGGUAUUUACAUUUUCCAACGAAAAUCAAUGAAGUUCCUAAAAAUCCUGAGGAUAAUAGAACUUGUCUCGAAUUCUCAAAGUUAAAUGCUAUGAAUUCCUUAAAGGAUCUAUUUUAUCCCAAAAUAAGGAUAAAUCUGCUGAUGUACUCAAGGGGCAAUGCCAAGUGUGCUGAACCACUCUUUGAGUCUAAUAACUCACUCAACACCCGUUUCAACCCAUCGAAGAAAACGGUCUGGAUCAUCCAUGGGUACAGGCCGUUUGGUUCCACCCCAGUGUGGCUGCAUAAGUUUACUAAGGCCUUUUUGAAACACGAAGAUGUGAAUCUCAUCGUUGUAGACUGGAACCUGGGCGCUACGACUUUCAUUUAUGGUAGAGCGGUUAGAAAUACCAGAAGGGUUGCGGAGAUUUUGAGAGAGUACAUUGAAAAUCUUUUGAUCCAUGGGGCAUCACUUGAGAAUUUUCAUUUCAUUGGCAUUAGCUUAGGGGCUCAUAUUAGUGGCUUUGUAGGAAAGAUAUUUCGUGGUCAACUUGGAAGAAUUACAGGUCUUGACCCAGCUGGACCAAAAUUUUCUGGAAAGCCAUCAAAUAGUAGAUUAGAUUACACAGAUGCAAAGUUUGUAGAUGUCAUUCACUCUGAUUCCAAAGGUUUGGGUAUUCCAGAGCCAUCGGGACACAUUGAUUUUUAUCCAAAUGGAGGAAAAAAACAGCCAGGUUGUCCUACAUCACUUUUUUCAGGAAUGAAUUUCAUUAAAUGUGACCAUCAGAGAGCAGUUUACUUGUUCCUCGCAGCUUUUGAAACAAACUGCAACUUUGUUUCAUUUCCUUGUCGUUCCUACAAAGAUUACAUGAGUGGUUUGUGUGUGGACUGUGGGAACCUUUACAAAGACUCCUGCCCAAGACUUGGUAAUCAAGCUAAGUUAUGGAAAGAAGGGUUGAAGAAAAAAACUGAAGGAUGGCCUCUUAGGACCAUUGCAUUUUUGGAUACUAGUAGCCAAAAUCCAUUCUGUACCUACUAUUUUGCUCUCAAUAUAGUUGCCUUGAGUGAAACCAUGAGGAAUGGCUCAAUUUCAUUUGGUUUAUUAAAUGACCUUGGAGUAUUGGAAUACCCGAGGCUCUAUGAGAAGAGCAAGCCAUUUGCUAAUCUUCAAGAAGUCAAGAUUCUCGCUCAGUUUGCAAAUGAUAUUGUGAACAUUUCACGCAUUUGCAUGAUGUAUUUUCAGUCCACAAAUCCUUACUGUUCCACGUGCCAGUACAAAAUACAGAGUCUCGUGUUAAAAUCACUCACACAUCCAGAAAGAUCACCAAUUUGUAAGUAUAAUUUUGUACUUAAAGAAAGAAAAAGGAUAGAUCUUCAACCAGAUGCAUGUAACAAACAGAUGGGGUGAACGCCUUCUUUCAUCCAGUUUAAAAUUAUGGACUAACAAAUUUGUCAACUGCAGCAAUGUAACCAGCCACUGCUUUAGAAUGCACUAUUCAAUCUGCAAUCCAGGUAUAUCUAUUUUAAUUCAUUUUGGAGAAUCAAAAAUUAGAAAACAAAAUAUGCACACGACACAACACAUUCUGAAUAUAUUCUAAAACUGUUUAUUUCUUCUUAUCUGCUUCCUAAGUGAAUUUUAGCAUCUAAUGUAUACAUAUGCUACUUAGCUUAAUAAUAAGUGAAUAUGUUAAAAGCACAGUUCCUAAGGGAAAUGGGAAUUUUAGUGCUUUGCAGUGGAGCAAAUUCAAUAUCACUGUACAUCUCUACUAUGGAAAAAUACUUUUUUAAAAUUUGAAAAUAUAGUUUAGUGAAAUAAGUUGGAUUCAUGUGAACCUUGUGAAUAUGAAGAACUUGUUAUGCACUGCAAAUAAGUGUGUUGUGCUAUUGUGUUCAAUAAAUUAAUAAUUUAUGGUCCUAUAUUGCUUAAGAUGAAAUCCUAAAUCCUU